CUUUCACACCUUACCUACCCUGACUCUAUAAAAGGCCACAUUUCUUUCAGUUCUAUAUCUAUUCAUGUGGCUGGUGGAAGCACAGCCACGCAUAACAGUGGCGCAUUCGGCCGCAUGAUUAAUUACGCAUUGCCAUUUGUGACAUAGCAACAAAGGACAACUUGUACCCCUCUAUCAAUUUCCGUUUAUCCUCAACCCAUUUUUGCUAGUCUUGGCGAUAAUGCCGGCCGAACUCGUCUCUGAACAGAGUCUGUCGGACUCUGAAGACUCCAUCAUCAAUCUCUCGCGAGAGUACUUUCCCGAGACCCUUCCGCUUUCAAGCCUCCCCAAAGAAACAUCUUCAGACGAGGAGCGAGCCAUGGACCCCUCGGAUUUCCUAUCACCAAAACCCGCAGGAGAGCCAUCCCGUGAGGGACUUAAAGGUUUUUCAUCCACCACAAGAGAGCUAUCCCAUGAGCGGUUUAAUUUCUCCCGCGAGAGCUUUUCACCGGUGGACUACUCCCCAUCCAUAAUGUCCUGGUCGGAGUUUCCUGAAUGGCCCCAAAACGAAAGCAAUCACGACCUAGAGGCUUCCUUCCACGGAUUACCCGAACUGCCGAUGGUUUAUCUUGCCAGCAGGGAGAAGAAGGAGACAAAACGUCUUGAGGCAUUGCUCCUGAGACAUCAUCUGGCGUUGCAAACGGGUGAGGACGAUAUCGACGAUAUUCGUCAGCAAAUAGCGGCGCAGUUUUCAAGGCUCCAUGAGGUCUACGUGUCCUUAGGUGAGAUAUACAAGACGGAGAUACUGUCCCGUGAGGAGUAUACAGAGAGGAUCAAGCACUGGGAAGCAAGACGAAACCGCUUGAUCCAGAGCGUGGAUGCCUUGAGAGAUACGAGUGGAGGUGAGGGGGCUAAACUCGUGUCUUUGCUAGCGGAACAAACCUCCUGCGAUGACGAAAUCGCGGGGUUGGAGAGCCAACUCCGGAACUUGAGGCUCAAGCGGGCCAUGCUCGGCCGGGAGAUUGUGGAGACAAAUUCUGUGAUCGAAAGCCGGUGCUCGCUGUAUCUAGAGUCGCUAGCGAGUAUGGAAGAAGCGGGGCUCAAAUCGGUACAAUCGAUACCGCUGUUCAUGAACGGUCCAGAGCUUAUAGUACAUCUGGAGAAAGCUUUUAUAUCUCUGGAGAGAUCUCUUAAUCUUCCAAAGAUGGAACCCAGUAUCAAGAAUACGUUGAUGGGACUUUGGAGAUCUGUCAAGGAAGAACCCGAGCCCAGGGCGGAGCCUGUAGACCUCAUCAUACACGGGAAGAUAGUCCCAAAGGUGGAUGUUAAUGCCAUAUUGGAGGUGCUACACACCCAGACAGAGGUAUAUAACGAUAUGCGCGAAGUCAAUGGGAGUAAGGGUGAGGGUGCACGCCUGAGUCUUGCCCUCUGGGCUACCUCCGUGGACAUUGUGCACCAGAUGGAGGCAAAGGUGCGACAAAUCACUGGAAAUGACCAAGAAGCGGAGAGAGAUGUGGAUAAGACGUUGCUUGCAAUUCUCAAUGUGUGUUACGACGAACUAGAGGUGCGGGUGAAGCUUGCAAGGGGAUUAGACCAAGUCACCAAGGGCAUCAUGAGUGAGUGCGAGGCGGUCAGUAUGGGUAUUCAGGUAAUUUCUCGUAGCGCACUGUCCCGGUUCCAGCAAACGAAAGCACACUCUAGGAAAGAAGUGGCACAGCGUAAAGACGUUCGAGUUAGCGAAAGGCCCGGACGAUCUCUGCUGCCGACAUCCAUAUCUCAAAUCCAGCCGUUUGUGCAAAUGCCGACGGCCACUACGGGCUAUGAUCUAUCCAAGGCGACCCCGGAGUUUGCUAGCCUGAAGAAGACAAAAACGAUUUAUGAUGGGGCGACCCCAAAACCGUUCAAGGCGGACUAGGCGGAUGCUGCCGUGUAAUUGAAGUUUGAGAUUCAUUCAAGGACUGAAUGAUGGGGCAGCUGGGGUAAAUGAAAUAGCGUCUAGGGACUAGCCUGUUUGGUAAUCUUGAUGAAAUUUAAAUACCAGGUGAAGCAUAUUGGUGUAGAAAUUAUAAAAGUUACGCUGACAACCGAGUUAGAUCCAUGCUAUUUCAUUUUUAUUGGGAUUACGUUGUACUGAGGUGAAGGUCCAGUUUAUUGUAUACUCCAAGACUUACACAAUGUCGAUAAUUGGGUAAGUUCAGAACUCUGUUCAUUGUGUUGGGUAUCUUAGUUGCCGUUUUGGUAUAUACCCCAGGCUUUUGGA